GUCACAGGAAACGAUCUAGGGCGGUGAUAACUCCGCCGAGUGCCCUGGGCGUGGAGUGCCCGAGUCUGACCGAGGUACAGCCUUGCCCGAACCCGCAGUGCUACAAGUGGACACUCGAGCCUUGGGGCAGUUGUGUCUUGGACCCAGGCAAUCUGCACUGUGGCACCGGAACCCGGACCAGGAAUGUCUUCUGCACCACACACCAAGGAGAGACGGUUGUGAACUGGCUGUGCACACAGAUGAAGCCCCCGGUGGAGGAGAAGUGCCUGUUGCCGUGUCCGUUCGACUGUGUGGUGUCCGGUUGGUCGUCGUGGAGUUCGUGCUCCCAGCAAUGCUCCAGCAAAACCAAAAUGGCGUUCCGACAGCGGAACAGAACCGUCAUUGCGCCUCCCGGGCAAGGUGGUCAUCCAUGCCCGAACCCGGACGAAAUGCUGCAGAUGGAGAGCUGCAACUCGCACGGCUGUCACGGCUACAGCUGGCGGACUCUGCCCUGGCAAACGUGCAACGCCACUUGCGACGCCGGUGACGGCAUUCAGACCAGGGACGUCUGGUGUGUACAGGACAACCAGUACCAAGUUGCCAACGAAGAAUGCGGCCUGCUGCCGAAACCGGUAGAAUGGCGCACUUGCACCCGGGACUGUGCGGUUGAGUGCGAACUGUCGCCCUGGUCCGAGUGGUCGCCGUGUCCGGUGGAGACAUGUGCGGCCAACGGCACACGACUGGGCCCCACCACCCAGUCGCGCUACCGAGUCGUCGUCGAGGGCAACAGCUGUCAGCAACCGUUGCAGGAGACGCGUGACUGUCUGCCAGCCGCCGCCGGUGAGCUGCAGUGUCCCCGGUACACGUUUAAGGCGGGACUCUGGUCGCAGUGUCAGCUAUCAACCAACACCCGUUGUGGCCACGGCCUGCGCACGCGCGACCUCUGGUGCAGCAAGGAGAACUCGGACACACACGAGGAGCUGCGUCUCUGUCUGAAGAACGGCAACCCUGUGCCGAUGACAGUGCAACGUUGCCACGUUGACUGCCACCUGCCCUGUCAGCUGACCGAAUGGAGUUCAUGGUCGCAGUGCUUUCAGCCCUGUACCGCAAUGCGCAUCAGAACCAGGCAGCUCAUUGGUUCAUCAUCGGAACAUGUGAUGUGUAACGAUCUGCCUUUGCUGGAAAAGAUGGCCUGUCCUUGUGAACAGUACUACGAGAGGCCUAUCUCCGAUUGGUCCACCUGUAUAACCAAUGACAGCUCGGGAUGUGGAACGGGCAUGCGCUAUCGGGCUUUUGAAUGCAUCAAUGACAAGAAGAUGGUUGAUCCCAGUAUGUGCGGAGGAAUGACGGGUCUACAGGAAGAGCCAUGCUUGGUUUCAUGUCCCGUUGACUGCCAACUGAGUGAAUGGUCUUCCUGGGGAAGUUGCAAUGUGCUGUGUGGCCCAGGUCUACAGAACAGGACAAGAACGGUGACUCGACAGGACUCGAACGGCGGUCGUGCAUGCGGGGCGCUGACUCAGUGGAAACUGUGUCGUGUGCCAUGCAGUGUGUUCCAAUGGCAAGCGGGCGGGUGGAGCGAGUGCAUCCUCAUUCCCUCGGACCGAGGCAACCAGUGUGGUGAGGGAGACCAGUACAGACAAGUCGCGUGUAUUGACACUAGAACAGGUGAAGAGGUGAGCAAGGACUUUUGUGAUUGGACGACUCAACCAUCCGACACGAACGCAUGCCAUGUUGCAUGCCCUGGCGAUUGUGUGCUCAGUUCAUGGUCUGAGUGGUCUCUAUGCCCUAAGAACUGCUUGGGAAGCACAGCUCAACAGCGCACUCGCUCACUGUUGAGAGCCGCCUCGAAUAUCGGCGCACAAUGUCCGCACAAGAUCCAGACACAGGCCUGCCAACUGAACCAGACCUGCUUCACGUACCACUGGGCGGUCACCCCGUUCAGCUCCUGUCUGCCGCUGGGCGGGAGUCCGUGCGGCGAGGGCAUGACCACCAGGGCCAUCUACUGUCAGCGCAGCGAUCUCUGGCCUGUAGAGGACAGCUAUUGCAGUGAGGAAACGAAACCAGGUCCAGCUGAGAUGUGCUACGUAGAUUGCCCCGUGGACUGCAAGAUUGCCGAAUGGAGUGAG